CCAACAUCAUGACUCCAGCCUUUUUCUUCUCCGUCUGCCUGUCAAUGACAGCCGUUUGUCUGAGGGCUGCUGUCAUUAGAAAUAUAACUGAUGAGUCUCUGGGUGCCCCAGCGAUCAUUGAAAAAGUCAAUGCUAACUCAACAAAAGUGUUGGUUCAUGGUGACAUUGUGCCCACUGCUACCAGGAAUGCUGUUCCAUGCACAGCCACUGGCUGCAAGUGGCCUAAAACGGGACGCUUUGUCUAUGUACCUGUCUCCAUUGGCACUGAAUACAGCAGCCAAGAGCGCAACGUCAUCAUCAAUGCCCUAGUCACCUUCUACGCUUCCACCUGCAUCCGGUUUGUCUGGCGUACAAGCGACAGAGAUUUCCUUCACUUCUUCUCUGGACAAGGGUGUUAUUCAUACCUGGGCCGUCAGAAUGGAGGACAGCUAGUCUCCCUACAGAGAAAUGGUUGCUUGUUUCAGUCGACGGUGCAACAUGAGGUUCUUCAUGCUCUGGGCUUCCACCACGAGCAGGUCCGCUCUGACAGAGAUCUGCAUGUGAGGAUCCUUACCGGGAACAUCAUCACAGGACAAGAGCACAACUUUGUGAAAGUGCAGACCAACAAUUUGGGGACUCCCUAUGACUUCAACUCUGUCAUGCACUAUGGCAGACUCGCCUUCUCCAAGAAUGGGCAGCCAACCAUUGUUGCCAGGUCCAAUCCUAAUCUUAAUUUUGGAAAUGCUUUCCGAAUGAGUCCCAAUGACAUCGCCCGUGUAAACAGGCUUUAUGGAUGCUGUGAGUAA